AUUGCAUGCACAAGUUUUUUUACUAUAAAUACAUGCAUAAUCUCCAUCACUUAAUCACACAAAAUCAACUAAACUUUCUCUCCCAUACAUUUCUCUACAACAUAUAUAUCUAUACAUAUAUCUUUUCAAAGCAAAUAUGCUUGGCAUAAUAAAGCCUCCCUCAAUCUUCGGUAAGAAGAUAAAAGGGUCUGUGGUGUUGAUGAAGAAAAAUGUCUUGGAUUUCAAUGACAUAAGGAAUGGGAUUAUUGAUCCUUUGAAUGAGUUGUUGGGUCAACGUGUUUCUCUUCAGCUCAUUAGCUCUGUUCAAACUCACACUGGUAAUGAGCUGAAAGGGAAGCUGGGGAAGGAAGCUUACUUGGAGAACUGGACAAAUAUACUGACCCUUUUCCCAUUGUUAGCUGGGGAAUCAGCUUAUAGUGUUCAUUUUGAGUUGGAAGAGGGAUUUGGUGUUCCAGAGGCUUUUGUUAUUAACAACAAUCACAGUGUUGAGUUCUUCCUCAAGUCUCUCACUCUUGAAGAUGUUCCUAAUCAAGGCCAAGUCCAAUUUGUUUGUAAUUCCUGGGUUUACCCUGCUAAACACUACAACUAUGAUCGUGUUUUCUUCAGGAACAAGGCAUAUCUUCCACAUGACACACCAGCCCCACUGCUCUGGUACAGAGAGCAAGAACUGGUUUACCUCAGAGGAAAUGGAACAGGAGAGCGUAAGGAUGGGGAUAGAAUCUAUGACUACGAUUACUACAAUGAUUUGGGUAAUCCAGACUGGGGUGAAAAGCAUUCCCGGCCAGUUCUUGGAGGAACUAGUGAGUACCCUUACCCUCGCAGAGGAAGAACUGGGAGACCACCAACCAACAAAGAUCCUAACAGCGAGAGUAGGGACAUAGACCUUCUGAAUUUGAACUUUUACAUUCCAAGAGAUGAACGAUUUGGUCACUUGAAGAUGUCAGACUUCCUUGUCAACUCAUUGAAAUCAGUAGCUCUAAUCAUCAAACCUGCGAUAGAGUCAUUGUUUGACAAAACCCCAGCUGAGUUUGACAGCUUCAAAGAUGUACUGGACUUGUAUGAAGGAGGUUUUCCUCUACCUCUUGGAAUAUUUGAGACCAUAAGCAAGAAUGUACCUUUGGAAACAUUGAAGGACCUGUUUCGAGCUGAUGGUACUCGGUUCCUCAGAUAUCCCAUGCCUCAUGUGAUCAAAAAUGACAAGUCAGCAUGGAUGACCGAUGAAGAAUUUGCAAGAGAGAUGUUGGCUGGAGUGAACCCUGUCGUCAUUCGUCGUCUCCAAGAAUUCCCACCAACAAGCCAGCUUGACCCUUCAAUCUAUGGUAAUCAAACUAGUACAAUCACUGAAGAACACAUAAGCAACAACUUGGAUGGGCAAUCAGUGUUUGAGGCCCUUUAUGACAACAAGCUUUAUAUAUUGGAUCACCAUGAUACUUUCAUGCCAUUCGUGAGGCGAAUCAACGACACAACUUCAUCAAAGAUUUAUGCCACUAGAACACUUCUGUUUUUAACCAAUGAUGGCGCUUUGAGGCCUCUGGCAAUUGAACUAAGCCUGCCACAUCCAAAUGGUGAUGAAUUAGGUGCUGUUAGCAAAGUUAUUACACCAGCCCAACAAGGCGUAGAAAGUACCGUUUGGCAACUUGCUAAAGCUUAUGUCGUUGUUAAUGACUAUUGCCAUCACCAACUAGUUAGCCAUUGGUUGAACACUCAUGCAGUAGCUGAGCCAUUUGUGCUUGCAACAAACAGGCAGCUUAGUGUGUUACACCCAAUUUACAAAAUGUUGCUCCCUCACUUCCGUGACAACAUGAAUAUCAAUUCACUUGCUAGACAACUUCUUGUAAAUGGUGGGGGUAUUAUUGAGUCUGUGAUAUCUCCCAGACAACAUUCCAUGGAACUAUCUUCAGCUGCUUAUAAGAACUGGAAUUUAGCUGAACAGGCGCACCCAGCUGAUCUCAUCAAGAGAGGGGUCGCAGUGGAGGAUCCAAGUUCACCACAUGGCCUUCGCCUACUGAUAGAGGACUAUCCAUAUGCUGUCGAUGGACUUGAAAUCUGGGCUGCAAUAAAACACUGGGUUCAAGAGUACUGCUCUUACUACUACACAACUGAUGAAGUUGUUCAAAAAGACAAAGAACUCCAAGCAUGGUGGAAGGAACUCAAAGAGGUCGGUCAUGGCGACUUAAAAGACAAGUCAUGGUGGCCUAGUAUGCAGACCCGUGAAGAGUUAAUAGAGACAUGCACCACAGCUAUAUGGAUUACCUCUGCUCUUCAUGCAGCUGUCAACUUUGGGCAGUAUUCUUAUGGAGGGUACAUUCCAAACCGCCCCACAAUAAGCAGGCGGCUCAUGCCUGAAGAGGGUACUCCUGAAUAUGAAGAGCUUAGAACAAAUCCAGAGAAGGCUUACUUGAAAACAAUCACUGCUGAGCUGCAGAGCUUAGUUGAGAUUUCCAUUAUUGAGGUCUUGUCUAAGCAUGCUUCUGAUGAGGUUUAUCUUGGCCAAAGAGAAAAUAACUGGACAGCAGAAGCUGAACCUUUGCAGGCCUUUGAGAGAUUUGGAAGGAAGCUCUCUGAAAUUGAGGAUAACAUUGUUAGCAGGAACAAUGACCCAACAUUGAAGAACCGUUAUGGGCUGGUCAAGUUCCCUUACGGCUUGCUCAUUCCUAAUGGAGAAAUUGGAAUUGCUGCCAAAGGAAUUCCCAAUAGUAUCUCUAUCUGAAGCUUCUCUUCUUUUUCUAUGCUGAUCUCUCUCGCUCUUGUUGUUCUCUAUAUUUAUGUUUAGCUUCUACUUCUCUACUGGCAAAUUGCCUUGUGCAAUUUGCCUAGCUUAUGGCUUUUUUCUAUCAUAAAUAUCUACCUAUGAAUUGUACUGUAUGGGAGGGAGUUGGUGAUGAACUCUUUGUUUGUAUGUUCUUGUUUGAGCUUAUUUCUCACUUGAAUAAAUAAAGAUCUGAAGCUUAGUAUUUAAAUUA